CACGUUUCUUACUUUUCUCACAGCAGGAACCGGAAGAUGUCGUCCGGUAGCUAUGUCCGCCUUUUUCCACCAUCAUGGAGGAUGAAUUGUCUAUCAGGAAAAGGAGAUUGACUCGUGCGUGCGAUAGGUGCCGUGUAAGGAAAAGUGAUCACGAUGCUGAACAGGGAAACCGUUGCUCAAGUUGCAUUGCGGUCGAAUCAGAGUGCACCUAUGUGGCUCCGGCGAGAAAACGGGGUCACAAGUCCAACUACGUGGCGGGAUUAGUCCGACGCGCCGGACAAUUGGAACGUAUAAUCAAAGAGGUUAGGAAAUAGUGCACCUUCCCCGUGACUUUUCUCAGUAAUUAUAGCUCAAUCCUGAUGCCAUUCU